AAUGCUAGCUCACACACUCCCAAUGCUGCACACGCUCGCUGCUCUGCAGUGAGGCAGCAUUUAGUUCAGAGAGGAAGGAGGGAGAUGAAUGGAUGACCGAGUGACGGGAGGAGAGGAAGUGAUGAGGGACGAGGAAAAGAUGAUGCAAAGACCGAAAUACAAUCCGGCUGAGUCGCCCCUCCUCAACUUUGCUCGCGUGUGUGCACGCCCAUAAACACAUGGAGGAGCGUCUUCCUGCCUGUGAAGACCUGGAGGGACCGUUUCACGUCACGACUGAUAUGUGAGGGAUUUAAUGCACAAAGAUGCUCUGUCUUUUUGGAUGCAGUGUUUCAGUCUGACGCCUGUUGAUUGGUCCAUGAAUGCAGCACAGGUGCAGGGUAAGAGGAAGAGGGACUCCUGUGUUUUAGGAUGGCCAGUGAAGGCUCCACUAUUCCCAGUCCCGUCGUCCGCCAAAUUGACAAGCAGUUCCUGAUCUGCAGCAUAUGUCUGGACCGCUACGAAAACCCCAAAGUCCUGCCCUGCCUGCACACCUUCUGUGAGAGGUGCCUGCAGAAUUACAUCCCGGCCCACAGCCUCACCCUGUCGUGCCCCGUGUGCCGCCAGACCUCCAUCCUGCCGGAGAAAGGUGUGGCGGCGUUGCAGAACAACUUCUUCAUCACCAAUCUGAUGGACGUGCUGCAACGGGCGCCGGACAGCUGCAGCCAGGAGGCCGCCGCUCUCAACAACAUCACCACGGUGGCGACGGGCCAGCUGCUCUCCUGCCCCAACCAUGGAGGCAGCGUCAUGGAGUUUUACUGUCCUCCAUGUGAGACGGCCAUGUGUCAGGAGUGUACGAGUGGUGAACACGGAGAACACCCGACUGUGCCUCUCAAAGACGUAGUGGAACAACACAAGGCCUCGUUACAGGACCAGCUCGAUGCUGUCAAGAAGAGGUUGCCAGAGAUUGACUCGGCCCUGCACACGCUGUCGGAGAUCCUGCAGCAGCUGACCAAUCAGAAGAGCUCCAUCGAGGACGGCAUCCACUCUACAUUUGACGAGCUACAGAAGACCCUCAAUGUCCGCAAGAGUGUUUUACUGAUGGAGCUGGAGGUCAACUACGGCCUCAAGCAGAAGGUGCUGCAGGCCCAGCUGGACACUCUGCUGCAGGGCCAGGAGGGCAUCAACAGCAGCUGUAACUUCACGGAGCAGGCGCUGAGCCACGGCACCGAGGCCGAGGUGCUGUUGGUGAAGAAGCAGAUGGGCGAGCGUCUCAUGGAGCUGGCCAGCCAGGAGCUUCCUCUGCAGCCCGGAGAGAACGACCAGCUGGACUUCCUGGUGGAGACGGAAGGACUCAAGAAGUCCAUCCACAACCUGGGUACCAUCGUCACCACCAACGCCGUGGCCUCGGAGACUGUAGCUACAGGCGAAGGGUUACGACAAUGCGUGGUGGGCGUCCCCACAUCCAUCACUAUAACCACGAAGGACAAAGACGGAGAGCUGUGCAAGAUGGGCAACGCCGUCAUCACCGCUGAAAUCUCCUCACCUGAUGGCAGCAAAGGUGACGGAGAGAUACUGGACAGCAAGAAUGGCACAUACGAGUACCUGUUCACAGCCCCUAAGGAGGGCACUUUUAAUUUGUCACUGCGCUUGUACGACCAACACAUCAAAGGAAGCCCCUUUAAGAUAAAAGCCACCAAAUCCAUAGAUGUGUCACCAACUUCAGAUGGCGUUAAGAAGAGGCUGAAGUCUCCAGGCAGUGGACACAUCAAGCAGAAGGCCAUCAAGAGGCCGGCCAGCAUGUACAGCACUGGGAGGAGGAAAGAGAACCCCAUCGAGGACGACCUCAUCUUCAGAAUCGGCACAAAAGGGAGAAACAAAGGGGAGUUCACUAAUCUCCAGGGAGUGGCUGCAUCCUCUCUGGGAAAGGUGCUGAUCGCAGACAGCAACAACCAGUGUGUCCAGAUUUUUUCAAACGACGGCCAGUUCAAAAGUCGUUUUGGCGUCCGGGGCAGGACUCCGGGUCAGCUGCAACGGCCGACAGGCGUCGCCGUCCACCCAAAUGGUGACAUCAUCAUCGCUGACUAUGAUAACAAAUGGGUCAGCAUCUUUUCAAGUGAGGGCAAGUUUAAGAAUAAGAUCGGCUCGGGGAAGCUGAUGGGCCCCAAAGGUGUGUCUGUGGACAGAAACGGACACAUCAUCGUGGUGGACAACAAGGCCUGCUGCGUUUUCAUCUUCCAGGUCAACGGCAAGCUGGUCACCAAGUUCGGUAACCGCGGCAACGGUGACAGGCAGUUUGCAGGUACACUCAAUGGCCCUCACUUUGCUGCUGUCAACAACAACAAUGAAAUCAUUGUGACCGACUUCCACAACCACUCAGUCAAAGUGUUCAACACAGAAGGGGAAUUCCUGCUCAAGUUUGGUUCUAAUGGCGAAGGCAACGGCCAGUUUAAUGCCCCAACUGGAGUCGCGGUGGACGUCAACGGAAACAUUAUAGUAGCAGACUGGGGCAACAGCAGGAUACAGGUGUUUGAUGGCAGCGGGUCAUUCCUGUCUUACAUCAACACAUCGGCUGACCCGCUGUAUGGCCCACAGGGACUGGCGCUCACCUCUGACGGACAUGUUGUUGUUGCUGAUUCUGGCAACCAUUGCUUCAAAGUCUAUCGCUACCUGCAGUAGCCAUUCUGUUCUCUACGCACAACCUGUACAGUGUAUAUAUAUAUAUAUAUAUAUAUAUAUAUAUAUAUAUAUAUAUAUAUAUAUAUAUAUAUAUAUAUAUAUAUAUACACACACACUCACACACACGCUAGGAUGGAUCGACUGGCAGAUUUUGCACUCGUCCACUCACCCAUUCAUCCUCGAAUCGUGCUGUCAUUGUGUCAUCCUGUCCUUCCACAUAUUCGGAUGCUGAAGAGAUGACGGAGAAUUAUUUGCGGUGAAGCGAGAGGAUUUCUGGCGUUCAGACGGCUGCUGCUGCUCACUGGUGCUUUGAAGAGUCACUCAGAACCUUGUUCACAUUCCAUCCUAACUGUGCUCAUUUCAGAAAUGAAGCUUUAAUAUUGUACAUACGGUAGACCUUUGAUUUCUCAUCACUUGGCAGAAAACUGGAAAAUAACACUAUUGCACUUGUUCCUGAAGAACACUGGCUGGACACUGUGUUAUGUGAGUUUGAAAUUAAAGAAAGUAGUACCUUAGUUACCUGAGAAAUAAUGGAAAUCCAUUCAUAGUGACAAUAACUUAAGCUUCCUUUAAAAGCCCUUAAGAGUCCUCACAUUUUGCCUGUUCACUAUAAGAGAAAAGUAUUUCACCUGAUGUAGGUAGCGGGGUAUUUUCGAGCAUGAUUAGACAACUCUCUGCAUGCUGUUUUUACUAACAAACACCUGAAGAGCUACUGUGCACAAUAUAUAAAACACCACGUGAGACUUUAAAUGGAGGCACUGGUUCAAUUACAAUACUUCUAUCUAUAUGUAUGUCGUCAUUCUAAAUUACAGAGCUGGUGACUUAAUUGGUUUUACAGAGCCACAUAGUGUGUGUUUGUGAGACAAGUGUGAUUGUGAUUAAUUAAGCCAUCCGAUGUGCUCACUUCUGCCAUGUAGGCGUGUAUGCACCUGUGUGUUUGAGUGUGUAUGAAACCUCUUAACAUUUCAACUUGCAAUCUGAUGUGACUGUGUGCAAACGACUUAGAAUUUCUUGCAGACUUUGAAAAAUAAACUCAGUAGGUUGCAUCUGAAAGGUUUAAUUUAACAGCAUCAGGCCUGUGAUCACAUUCACUCAUCUCCAUGUGCUCUUAUGUCUUAAAAACAAAAUGUAGAACUACUAACAGGUUGUAUUUUAGCAAAAAUCGUUUGUCUAUCUUCACAAAAACAACAAGACAGAUGUAGUUCAGCAGUUGAAGUGUGUGUUGUUGAGCCUUGUUCAGACAUUGUCUUCAAGCACACAGUUAUCAUUAUUUGUCAUCCUUAAUUUGGUCAUCCAUUUUCUACACAAUCCUGUAAAAAAAUACUUGUUUUCCAUUGUCUUGUUUAUAUUUGUAAUGCCAAAUGGAAUUAAAGUGCCCAUAGGAAAGAA